AUUAAGGGCCGCCUUGUUGCUCUACAGAAAGGGCAAGCCUUCUUCUUCUUCUUCGACAACCACUUGUUGAUGCAAUCUCGAUGAUACUCAUGUCCGCAUUGAAGUGUUUCGGCCACCGUCUCUUCAUCUUGGUACUCCAGCAGGCAAAUCGAGCACACUUCUGCUUCCUCCCCGUCGUCCUCAACCGGGCCCCAGUGUGUCCUCGUCUCGAAACAACACUUUGACACGUCUUCAGCCUCGCCCGCCGCUAACUCUUCGUUUACGGGAAUUCGAGCCAUGUGCCUAAACAGAACUUCUUGGUGUGGCGGACAACAGUAGCCAUCAACUACUGAAGAUGAAGAAGAAGUAUUAGGCCUCGAGUAAGGCUGGUAGCCUGGGCUUAAACAGCGAUGGGUAGAACUUCCCAUCGCUGUUUGGCAUGGUUCUGGAAAUCAGUUGAGCUGAAGGCUGCUUACCCAUCGAUGGUCAUGCCGCGGAGACGAGGACGCCCCAAGAAGAAGAAGACACUGAGCAAGACUCAGAUACAACUGCGUCUGAGAGCAGGAAGGGGAACGAUCAAUCUGAAUAGCAAGGAGGAUCUUGAGAAGACACCCUCAUCUGUUGGAAAUGGAGAUUUAGGAAAGGAGGUCUUCAAUGAACUCCUCGAUGCUAUUGGUGAAGAUAAUUUCAAUUCCAUCAAAAAAUUUUGGGGAAAAUAUCCCAAAUACAAAGAUGGAGUAUAUGCCGCUUCACGCCAUUUCCCCAUUUCCGAGGAGCGAACAUGGAGGUGUUUCGUUCAAAAGGCAACAAAGCAAUAUGAUGAACUUGAGGUUUACCUGGAUGCACACCAAGUUGAAGUUUUGGCUCACGAGAAUGAAGAAAUGGAAGAAGAGCAAAACCACCAAGUUCAUCACUAUCACCACCACCAAGUUCAUCAACACAACCAAGUUGAUGAGGCGGGACCGUCUAACACAUCGCAAGACAUGGAUGAUGAAGAUGACUCUGAGGAUCCUACAUACGUUGCUAAUUCUAAUAAAGAGAGUUCUUUAGAUGAGUCUGAAGUAUCUGGAUGGGUCUCUAUGUACACACCGGACGUGUACACAGAGGAGCCUAUUAACGUUGCUAAACAAGGAAUUCUAGAUUUUCCGAUCCAUAGGCACGUUGAAGAAGUCUCACUACAACCAACGUUCCGUAUCCCUGAUCUCUGUUACGUUGAUGGCACCCACUUGUAUGGGAAAUAUAAGGGGGUGUUGUUGUUGGCAGUAACAAUGACAACAAAUCAUGAGAUUUACCCCUUAACUUAUUCCCUUAUUGACAAAGAAGAUGGGGACACUUGGAGCUGGUUCAUGAUGCAUUUAAUGCAUUAUGUAGUACCUUUCGAUAAGUUGGUGUGCAUCAUUUCUGAUAGGCACGGGGGCAUUGAUGUAGCUUUCAAUACUAUCCCCCAGUUAAUGGAACAACGUGUCACUAGGAGAUAUUGCCUGCGCCACUUGAGAAAACAGAGCCGCACGAAGGGGUCUUCUAAUCGCCGCUGCUCCGCCGUGCGGCCCGUGCCGCCGCCGCCGUUCGCCGGAGGAGCUGACUGCCGCCACGAGCCGGAGGCCGCUGGGUAGCCGCUGCUCUGCUGCCGAGUUGGCCGACAUCUUCUUUGAGAAUUUGAUUUGUUUAAUUCGCCAAUUAUUCGAGGUCAGAACUUGCACAUCUAACGCUAGAUUUCGUAUAUAUAGAUUUGAAAUUCACGUUCGUAGUUUCGUAUGAUUGAUUACGUGGUUUAAUUGUUAUUAAUUGAAUUAUGAUUCUAAAUUAUGAUUUAUUGAAAUUGAUGAAUCGAUGGAGAACGAGGUACGUUCUCUACCCCUAAUUACGUGAUUACAUGUAUCAUUAGCCCUACGUAUGUUAAAUUAUUGUUAAUCAAUGAAUCAAGGAAACAUGCUUUAUCUCUGUUGGAAUUCCCGACCUACUGUAAGGUAAAACGAACCAGACGGUAACAAGGUACCGAUCGAACGGUACCGAGGUAUCGUACCCCAAUCCCGUGAGCUGCACUACUACCGGUUGCUGAAGCUCGACGGUACACUAGUACCGUGCCGACGGUACCCAAGUACCGCCUGGCGAUACCUAGGUACCGUGACGGGUACCGUACCAACAGUAGGAAUCUCGUUAUUUGUUUGUUUGAUCUGAUUUAGAACCCGAAUUGACUCUGAGCCCUUAUGUGUUGCAUGACGGUAAAUGAAAGGUGUUUACACCCGACAUUAGGCCGCCAUUUGGAUUGCAUGGUGAUUUAUUUAGCUACUUCUACUCUCUUGAUUUGUUGUAAAUGUGGUGUGAUAUGCCUUAAACGGAUAAAGUAAAUUGAGGUUAUUGUUAGCUUGGAUCUGAUUAAUUAAAGUAAGUGAAUGACGUAGGUUACCUAGAAGAACUCUAGGACUAUUUUGUGAGAAUUGAGAUUGUGAAUUGACAAUAGGUUGUAGAGCCUUGUGGACUUAGUCCAGUGGCAUUCAGGUAAAGAUGUACGUACAUGGAAUCUGGGAUCUGAUCCGUAGGAUUGGAGGUUCCACCCAACCGGCGCCGUAGGUACCGGGUUGACCAGAAUCAUGGCCGUAGGUAGUAGUUCUGAUGUCGUAGAAUAGACUUUGAGUCAUGGCCGUAGGUAGUGGCUCUAAGUCUUAAGACGAUACGAAUGUGGAUAAUGAGGAAUUGGCCUUAGCCUAGUAUAGGUUAUGAGCUAGUAUUUGUUAUGAGCUAUUGUAAGAACUUGAAUGUUGAAUUUAUAACUUAUGUAGCUGAAGAAUUGAGGUGAGUAAUAUGUUGCGUGAAUUAUUGAUAUUCUUGAUGUUAUAAAUGUUGUACUUAUGUGCAUGAUAUUGUAUGGAAUUAUGAGCUAGUGGGUUCGUCUCUGUGCGUAGUCGAACGUUAGAUAGUUCUCACUUAGCUUCAAUGCUGAGCGUGUAGCCCUUUUUCCUAUUUGCUACACGUAGGUAAAAUGAAUGAUGAAUAAGGAACUGUUCUGGAGCGCAGCGGGGGCAGAGAGGUGGAUGGAUGCUGGUUGGAGGAGCUAUCUAGUUUAAUUAAUGCAUUUGAAUUAAUUAUGUUUUAAGGGCAAGAACCCAAAGUUGUAUUUGUAUUAAGCUUCCACACCGUUUUGUUAACUCUGAUGGAUAUUUAAAUAUUGUUUUGAAUUAAAUGUUUUUAAAUUGU